AAAGUUUUUGCCGUGCAAUAGAAUGGAAAUGAGCAAAAUUCUUCUUUAAUGUGAUUGUUAUUCGUGGCGACAAAUCUGUAUAAAAAUCAAGGGUUCUCAACUUGGAGUACGUGCACCCCAGGUGUUGUGCGAGAUGGAAUUUCAUGGGAUUGUGACACAGUUUAUUAAAUUCACUUUUCAAAAUUAAAUCGUUAAUCAACUCAAAAUAAUUGCAUUGUAUUAAACACACCAAGAACUUUAUUAAGAGAUUAUUUCCUCAAGUUGUGUCAUUUCAUUUACAACGACGGGCUUGUGGGACUGGAUUCAGUUCUCUUUUGUUAAUCAACACCAAUUCUAGGAACCACCUGAAUCCACAGGUAGGCCUGUGGAUCAGAGUCUGCAAGAAAGUUCCACGUUUUGAUAAAAGCAGGAACAAAGAAGUCAUUAAAUUUUAUGUUUGGUUUAUUUCACUGUUUACAAAUUUUUUUCUAAUUGCUCAAUUUAUAUUUACUAUUUUAUGCAUAGAGAGAAAAGCUUAAAAUUGUCUGAGUUCGAUUUAUUCAUAACUAAUUACUUUUACUGGAGUUGCGAAAAUUAAUCCGAAACUUAAGUAUGUGUAAUUAAGUUAUCAGUUUGCAAUUUUCUUUGACAAAAUAAAUAAUUAAAUAAAAAGAACAUUUUUACAGUAAAAUCAAUAUCAAUUAUUGUUAAAUAAUAGUUUUGUCGUCUUUUACUUUAAUUUCCCACUCGUAACUUAAAUAUAUUUUGGCGCUGAAAACCGGCCCAAAACGCCUUAAUGCACAGGCGAGAAGUUCGCGAAUUGGUCUGUCUGCUGAUUUUACUCCUUCAAUAUGCCUGGACGUCGGAUAACACACAAGUUAUCCUACACUGACGAGACCAUGAAAGCAGCUGUAACAGCAGUUAAAGCUGGAAUGACUCUAAGAAAGGCAUCUUUGCAUUAUAACAUACCAAAAUCAACAUUAUCUGAUAGAAUUUCGGGAAAAAGAACAGCUUUGCCUGUCAGAGGCCCAAGACCUGUACUAACGAAAGAAGAAGAGAAAUGUUUGAAGUGCUGGAUCAAAGAUAUGUCAAAAUAUGGAUUUAAGUUAACGGGGGAGGCGAUUCGGCAAUGUGUCAAACAAUAUCUGGAUCAAUGUGAAUGGAAAGUUGAUAUGUUCAUGGAUAAUCUACCAGGAAAGUCAUGGUUGUAUGGAUUUAUGUCAAGACACCAAGAUCUAAAUAUAGGUUCAAUCAACAAAUCGAAGGUCAAUAAAACAAUGACCACAAAAGAAAAUCGUACACGUGACUGGUUUAAACGCUUCCAAGAAAUGCUUUUGGAAGAAGACAUUACACAAUCUGAACAAAUCUAUUACUGUGAUGAGAUUAGCUUUCCAUUGCAUACAAAGACUGGAAAACUUGCAACGGAUGUCUUAAUGAAAGACGACUAUCAUUUAACUUCUCCAGGCUAUUCACAAAUAACUGUACUGAUGGCAAUAUGUGCUGACGGAAGAACCCUUUCACCUUUUGUUGUGUACCCUGCUAAGUCUUUCAGUGUUUCUAUAACGAUUGAUCUCCCAGCUGGUACAAAAGCUAUUCAUUCAGAUUGUGGAGGAAUGACACAAAACACAUUUUACUCGUGGUUGAAAGAUUGUUUCAUUCCAUCUCUCCCAACCCUUGAAAAUCGGAGUAAUGUUGUAUUGUUGUUGGAUGGUCAUAAAUCGCAUAAAGAUAUUUCUUGUAGCACUUUGUGCAAAGUAAACAAUGUUAUUCUUUUUUGUUUGCCAUCACGUUGCAAUCAAAUUCUACAACCUUUGACCAAUAUAUAUGUGGGACCAUUGAAAGCCAAGUGGCUGCAAGCAUGUGAAGAAUGGAUCCGAACUAACGGUGUUUCUGUUGAUAAAAUAACUUUUGCUAGAGUUUUCAAGAAAGCUCAUAUAAAUGCUUUAAAUGAAUUAUCCAUUGUAAGUAACUUUGCAUGUGCUGGUAUCUGGCCCUUAAAUCAACAUUUUGACAAUGAGGCUACUGACAUUUCAACAACAUCUAUCACUGAUUUAGAUGUUUCUACAAUUUCAUUAUCUGAUAUGCACCAUGGAUUAACUUCUCAGCUGGUAGCAUCUUCUCCAGUUUUAAAUGUAUCUAAUAAAAGUAAUGAGACUGAACUUGAGGAAGCUUUAUCUUUUAAUCCGUUUGAAUUAAAAAAUGCAUCCACUUCCAAAGAAUCAAUGUUGCUAUCACCACAACCUAUUUCUUCCUCUGUGAUUACAUCAAUUUUGCAAAGCAGUGGAACUUCAUCUUUGAAUGGUCAAAGUAACUCUGAGGUCAUUACACCUCAACAUUCACCAAUGAAGUCCAAAGUGCUUUUAGCUCUUGAGGCAAUAGAGACAACACUUAGUCCUGAUGAACAAAUCUUAUACAGAAGAAACUUUGAGGUCAGUCUUCCAUGUGAUGAUGUUGUGUAUCAUUGUUGGAAGCUGUUAAAACUGCAUUUAAAGAAAGAAGAAAGCAGGCAACUGAAAUUGAAAUAUAACCGAGCCAAGAAAGACCCCUUGGUAACUCAGAAAAAAUUAUAUAAUCUCUUGAAAGCCAAACAACAAGCAAUAAAAACAAGAAAAAAUGACCUUCCGAAAGGGAAACAAAAGCUGAGAACAAGACAGGAUACUAAAACAGCAAUGAAAAUAAGGACCACAAAGAAAAAGAAUGCAAUUUUAAAAGUAACCAGAUAAAAAUAAAAUAAAUACUGCUGCAAACCUUGGUAGACUAUAAAAAACCUGAAGUUCUUUACUCCUCUGAGGAAUCAGAACCUUCAAGUCAAGAGGCAAAAGAUCAAGUUCUAACUUGCAUGGUUUUUUUGUCUGAUAUGUAGAAUAUGUUGUAUUCGAAAAGAUAAGAAUGUGUAGAUCUUGCUGAUAGAAGGAGGAAUAUACAUGCUGGGUGGAAUACUUCACAGUGACUCUAAAUCACCCCGAGUCAUCUGAUACUCUCACAGGAGCUGACCAGACAGCAAAACAGCUUGAAGUUACAAGGGAACCCGUUAUUGAAGAUGAGGUCAUCUGGGCUCUCAAAAAACCUAAAGAACUCCAGCUCAGGAUCUCAGAUUCAGAAACAAUGGUCUAGAACUAAUGUUCGUUUAGAUAAGAAUACAUAACGAAGGACAAUGAUGUGACAUUGUCAUUGUCUGUAAAAUGUUAAAAAAUAAAAUUGAGGAAAAAAAUUGUAACUUAAUGAAUUGAUCAUUUUUUUAUGUAAUAAAUUUUUAAUCAAAAGAAGAUGAAUUGUUUAAUAAAUUAAACAAUAUU